GCACUUUUCCAUUUGACAUUCUCUCUCUCUCUCUCUCUCUCUCUCUCUUGCUUAAACAACAGCCCUAACUUUUGUGUGUUGCAAAUAUAAAAGGGAAGCCAUGUGACAGAGGGACAGAAGAACAAAAGCAUUUGGAAGUAACAAGACCUCUUUUUAGCUCUCACAGUUUAGAAGUCCAAAAGGAGGCGGGAGCAACACAUUUUCCAAAGAGGAAGAGGAAAAUGCAUCUGAUAAAUGGGUUAUAAGAAGCAGCUUCCUAUAGUCCCACUGACGGUCUAGAGGGCAGAGGCAAAGAGUUAGCACAGGCGUUGGACUCUGCCUCAUCAGAUCUGCCUCUUCUAGAUCAGCCAUGAAGUAGAUGCUUUGAUGGAUUAUAACUUCAACAAAUGUCUACCCCAAAACUAGCAAUGACAAACCAGAGACUUAAAACAGAUCUUUCACUUUCCUCGAAAGGGACCGGGCCUCAGUCUUUAGAGUGCUUUUGAUACUCUACCUCCCUCUACUGUGAUUCCUGAGAAGUUCUUCAAUGAUGGGAAGUCAUGUACUAGCCGCUUCAAUUUCCAUGCUGUCUCUUCUGGCAAUCAUGGGAGAUGCAGAUACUAAAACAGACAGUACCUUCAUGAUUGACUCAGACCCAGAACGCUGCAUGAGGCACCAUUAUGUUGAUUCCAUCAGUCACCCUUUGUACAAGUGCAGUUCAAAGAUGGUGCUGCUGGCUCGCUGUGAGGGUCGCUGCAGUCAAACAUCACGGUCUGAGCCAAUGGUGUCCUUCAGUACAGUCCUGAAACAGCCUUUCCGUUCUACCUGCCAUUGCUGCCGGCCCCAAACAUCCAAACUGAAAGCCAUGCGGUUGCGCUGCUCAGGGGGCAUGAGACUCACUGCCACCUACCGUUACAUUCUCUCCUGCCACUGUGAAGAGUGCAGUUCCUAGGAGCAAAUGUGCCACCUCAGAACGAGUGGGAGAUUCGCAAGCUCAAUAGCAGUAUUUACACAAUUAAGGAUAAUGAAGUUGGAUAGUAAUUGAGAACUACACAGAGUGAACUGUGAUGAUGCCUGGGAAUGCGCUAAACCUUGAAACAGACCUCAGAAUGUAUGCUCAUGCUGCAGAUGAAAGCGUUUGAGAGAGGGGCUGUUUGUCAAAAACACAUUUUUCCUGGAAAGAUAUUUUAUUCGUUUCUCUAACUGAGCAGCUCUUUUGAUCCUGAAUAAGAACAGAAUAAAAAUGCCUCCUCAUUUGAGUGUCCUGACAUUAAAGUAAAAAACAAAAACAAAGUAAAGACAUAUCAAAGAUGUACAGUGGUUGGAAAUAUAUGGUAAAUGCUUUAUUCUAGACGAAAAGAAGUCUCCAUUGGUCUAUAUAGAUGCUUAUUGUAUCAUUUAAAUGUACCCGUUAGUUUAUACUGGCUUAGAAAAAGACUCCAUGAAAGGUAAAAAUGAUAUUUUAUGUGGUUGGGCAGCCAAGCGCUGGACAAUUUAUUGUGAUUUAGGUACAGUAACAAAAUAAAUGACAGCAAAUGUAAUGGAA